AAAGUGAUAGCUGCAACGAACAACAUGGAAAUGCUCAAUACCAUUCUAAAUCUUCUUCUUCCUCCUCUUACAAUCAUCUUUCUCAUCAUCUUUUACCCAUUUUAUCUUUUGAUCAAACUUGUGAGCUCUAUUCAUAAGCAUCUUCGCUUCGAAAACGUAGCUGGAAAGGUAGUUCUAAUCACCGGAGCUUCCUCUGGCAUCGGAGAGCAUCUCGCAUACGAAUACGCAAAGAAAGGAGCAUAUUUGGCUCUCGUUGCUCGAAGAAAGAAUCUUCUAGAGAGAGUCGCCGAAACAUCACGUCAAUUAGGAUCUGGCGAUGUCGUCAUCAUACCUGGUGAUGUUGCUAACGUUGAUGACUGCAAGAAGUUCAUCGAUGAGACGGUUCAACAUUUCGGAAAACUAGACCACCUGAUCAACAAUGCUGGAGUAUCACAAACUUUACACUUUGAAGAUUUCACGCAAAUUCAAGACGCUAAUCAUAUAAUGGAUAUCAACUUUUGGGGUUCGACAUACAUCACUUAUUUUGCAAUUCCUCAUCUUCGAAAGAACAAAGGAAAAAUCAUCGUGACUACUUCUGCUGCAGCAAAUAUUCCUUUGCCAUUGUCAAGCGUUUAUUCAGCAAGCAAAGCAGCUUUAGUAAGAUUCUUUGAGACUUUAAGAGUUGAGCUAAAUCCGGAUAUCAAAAUAACAAUUGUUUUUCCCGGAUUUAUAUCUACAGAUAUGACCACUCUUCACUUUAUAGCAAAGACUGGUUCAGAUUUUAUUCUGUCGGAAUCGGUGAGUAAAUGCGCCAAAGCAAUCUUCGAUGGUAUUGGUAGAGGAGAAACACACAUAGAAGAGCCAUCUUGGAUGAAAUCAAUCUUUUUGGUGAAAAAUGUGUGUCCUGAAAUCGUUGACUAUGUACUGGGCUAUUUAAAUUCUCGUUAUCUCAAACCUUGUUGCAAGUGUGAUUGA